AUUAAACCUGAAAUAAGAAAUUCGCACAAGAAAUUUGUUUAAAAAAAUAUGUUAUACAUCUGUGGAAUGCAAUAUGAAAAAUUGUGGACUAUGUGGUUGUGCAUGUACUGAAUACGGAGGUUGCUUGAAAAUGGUAUAAAACAGAGCAAGAAGUUCCUUUGUAAAGUGUAAUAAUGUUGUAUUGAUGUUAAUCUACAUAUAUCUUUCCCUCAGUCUGUAACAAUUAUUACAACAAAAUUACCGAGAAAUUAACGUAAGGGAAUUAGAUUUAAGGACGUUUGAAGAUGAUUUCGUUGACGAAUUUUGCAAAGUCACUGGUUUUUGCAGCAGUGAUUGCAGAAAUUGUACUGCAUUACAUUGAACGAUAUAGAAAACGUAAACAAAAUUCGGGUCAUUUGAAUGAGGUUAUGUUUUUUACGGAUAAGGGAGUUGAAUGUAAGGAACACUGCUACAGGAUGAUAAGUUGCGACAAGAAGUCCUGUUCGUAUUUUAAUAUGAGACGUCUCAUUCAGCUGCUGCAAGGUGCCAAAUCAUCCUUAGAUGUGUGUAUGUACUUGAUUACACUGAAAUGUGUGACAGACUUAAUUAUUAAGAUGCACAGAAAGGGUGUUAAAGUAAGAAUUAUAAUUGAUGCUGACAUGGCAGGUAGCACUGGUGCUCAAGUACAUGCACUCAGGAAAUAUGGAGUGCCUGUGCGCAUGAAGAAGUCCCCUUUCCUGAUGCACCACAAGUUUGCUGUGAUUAAUAAUCACAUUCUUGUGAGUGGUUCCUGUAAUUGGACAAUGCAAGCAGUUUCAGGAAAUUGGGACAACAUUAUAGUGACUUCAGAGCCAAAUCUUGUUAUUCCAUUCAGUCAGCAUUUUGCCCAGCUGUGGAAAGAAUUUUCAGAAAUUGAUUACACAGUGAAAGGAUACAUUCAAGGAUGCACUGUGCAACAGAAAUGAAGCACUUGAUACAAAGAAAAAUAUUAUUUCAUCUUAAUGAUAAUUCUGAGAUGCAGGACUAGAUCCCAUAAUACGAGGCAGGUGAAGUGCCAGUAGGUGAUGUAGGUUCUGCAUGCUGAGAUGCUCGUUACAUGGGUGAAGGAGAUGCUUAUUCUGAGAGUGUGAUAAGAUGUCAGUCAAGAAUUUUAAUGUAAUUGAGGAUAAAUUUUUAAAUUGUGUAAUCUAUAAGGAACAAGGAAUAGAAAGUGGGGUGUGAUAAGUAUGUUGAAAGGCAUGAAAAUUGAUUGACGGAGACAGAUUUAAUUAGGAAAAAAUAUAAGACGAGACAAAAUUAUAAAAAAAAAUCCUAGCGUCCUAGAUUUCUAUUUUGUAAUGUCCUAAAUUGCUCACUUACUUCAUCCUUCUUAGCUCUAAAUAUUUUCCUGAGCACUUGUUUUCAUACAUUUGCAUUUUAUGUUUUUCUUUUAAAGUAAUCAGGUUCCAGAUCCAUACAAAGCCUUUAUUAUUAUUAGAAUAUAUUAGCAUAGACUCGCCAAAGUUGAAAGAAAUGAACAUUUUUUUGUGUUGAACAGUAAUACGAUUUAUUGCAGUAUUAUCUUUUGCAGAUUGCAUUGAAAAUACAAAAUUUAUAAAAAUUUCUUUGUAAAGUAGAGUAAAUAUGAAAAUGUCUUCACAGCGGAUGAAACCAUAUUCCUGCCAAACGCACAAACACAAAACCUACCGCCCAACUCCAAACUCCUACCAAACACCAACGAUGCCAGAUUCCAUUAUAAUCACCACUGUAGACUCAUUUGCAUUUCUUGCUAUUAGAAUUACCACUGUAAAAACUUUAUUUUAAAAUUUUUCAUCAUCACACAAACUGCAUUCGUACAAUCAUGACAGACAUUGGCUGUUAUAUCAGUUGUAGACGUAUUUGGAAGUGUGAUAAAACAAUUUAUAUUACUGAACCAACUGAAGAAGUAAUAAUCGUGCGGUAUAUAUUUGAUUACACUGAACAGGAACUACUUUCUCUGUAAUUUCCCAUGCUGUAACAACGGCUUGCAUCUAAAUAUGGCCAAAAGAAAGUUAAUGCGGUCAUAAUUUGAGCAGAUUUACCAAGUAUAGGAUGAGAGAAGGUUACAUGUAGUGCAGCAUUAGUAAUAAUCAGAGAUAUUUCACAUAAAUAUUUGCUCUCUUUCACACAAGAGUGACCCAAAAAAUGUAUACUCAUAAUAUGGGCUAUUAACCUUAUGAAUACAUUUUUUUUGGGACAUUGUAUAUACGGUGGAUUUCAGUUAAUUUGGGAUAUAUAUCGGGACUAGAACACUCUGGCCCAAUUAAGUGAAGUUCUACGUAAAGAGUUAAAAAGGUUUGUUAUUUAAGAUUUGUCCCAAAUGAACGGCUGCCCUGAUUAACCGAUGGCCCGGUUAACCGGAAUCUACUGUAUUGAGAGUUCAUUAUUACUUUACUCAAUUUUAUUUAAGAAUAGUUUUAUUACAAGGAAGCUGUCGGUCUCCGCAUCCCU